UGCUCCAAAUUUUGUAAUGUCCACCGGCUUUGAUGGAUUGCCAGCAUUUUGGCUUGGGUUCGACAUGGAAGAAGGUGGAAUUGUGGAGGCGUACGAGGUUCAGUACUCUGAUCUAAUCCUCCUGUCUUCUUCUUCUUCUUCAGGUGGGGUUUCAUUGUCACUAUCAGCAGCAGAGCUGUCAAGGCUUGAAUCCAUCUCUACUUCAAUAAUGGAAGCCCUAGGACCCUCCGGCCCCGGUCUCCUUGCAGUGACUGGCGUCCCCAAUACCUCCACUCUCCGACGGAGCCUUCUUCCCUUAGCCCGCAAGCUUGCGCUUCUCAACCCCCAAGAUCGUAAUCGCAUUCUCAAGGAGCACAGCUUGGGGAGUGAUGUUCCUUUGAAGAAUUUGGAUAGAAGUGUCUCCUCCUUUGCUAUGCAACUCAAAUAUGAACAAGGUUCAAAAUCCACUCAAAGUGGACCAAGUCAUAAAGUAAAUGACAGUGGAAAUCAAGAACAAGAUCGGAAUGAUGUUUAUGGUUUGAGCAAAAUCCAGAAUGAAGAAUUUAAGAAUCUUGGGAGUACUUUCAAAGAUUUAGGAUUUUGCAUGAUGGAGCUGGGGCUCCAUCUUGCACGGAUAUGUGAUAGGGCCAUUCACCGUGAAGAGCUUGAGCAGAGUUUGUUGGAAUCAUGCUCAGCAAAGGGGCGUCUUAUACACUAUCAUUCAACGUUAGACAGCCUCAUAAUAAAAGAGAUGGGGAGGAGAAAGGGGUUUAGCAAACAAAAGGCUAACCACAAAAGGGACCAGGAACACCCCAUAAGGAAUGAGCAAACUGCGGCAGAAUUUCCCAACUUGGGUAAAACUGGAGAUGCAGGUAGUUAUUGUUGCGAUCCUUCUAACCUAUGGCAGCAGUGGCAUUAUGACUAUGGUAUAUUCACUGUCCUGACAGCUCCGUUAUUUAUUUUGCCUUGUCAUGCACAAUCAACAAAAAUGGAAGAUCAUUUUUGCAAAUAUUGUGAGCAAGAAUGUCCAUCCCCUAGUGGACACACAUAUUUGCAAAUAUUUGAUCCUAAUAAGAAUAAUGUCCUCAUGGUGAGGGCUUCUCCUGAUAGUUUCAUUGUUCAGGUGGGGGAAUCAGCUGAUAUCCUAUCAAAAGGGAAACUUCGCUCCACCCUCCACUCAGUGUGCAGACCAGGAAAGCUAGAAAACUUGAGCAGAGAAACAUUUGUUGUCUUCUUGCAGCCAGCAUGGAGCAAAACUUUCUCUAUCUCAGAUUAUCCCAUGGACCACUCUGUGGUAAGUGGCCAGUGUGAUGGAAUUCACUGUGCUGGGGAGGAACCCGGUAAACUAACUCGAGAAAUUCAUAGAAUAGUUCCUCCACUUGCAUCACGGUUGAAGGAUGAAAUGACAUUUGCGGAAUUCUCACGUGAAACUACUAAGCAAUAUUAUGGUGGCAGUGGAUUGCAGUCAAAGAGAUAAAAAGCUCCUUGGUCUUCAGUUCUGUAAAUCACUGUAUUUGAUCAUCGAAUGUUUGCUCAACUUCGGUUGCUAAUGCUAUAGGUAUGAGUACAUUAUGGCAGGAUCAGUCACCCAGGCAAAACCCAAGCCACUUCCAAGAAGAAUUGGCUCUUCCCCACUGAUCCGUAUAGAGCGAAGUAGCUGCCCAGUGAUCCCUAGGAAGCACGUCUGUUUGUUUAGUGUUCAUGCCGCUGCUGCCGUUUCUAGGACCGACCAUACCUCACCUGCACAGCUGCAUGGAAAUGGACCACGGAAUCGGUAUCGGAGGGCGGCUGCCGGAGACCCCACCGGAGCCGAUGGAGUUCCUGUCUCGGUCGUGGAGCGCCUCGGCUCUUCAAGUCUCCAAAGCUCUCCCUCCUCCUCCUUUUCCUCUUUCUUUUCCUCAUCCUUCUUUUCAUUCCAAGGCUGCCAGCUCCGCCACCAUUCCCGUCCACGAAGACCUCGCCGGAGAGUCCGAGGAGCCGGUCACCAUUGCCGGGAACCCCUUCUCUUUUGCUUCCUCUGCCACUUCUCAGCUCGUCCUCGAACGCAUAAUGUCGCAAUCAGAAGUGAAUGCAAUUACGCCUGGGAGGUUAUCACACAGUAGUGGACCAUUGAACGGUGGGCAGAGCUGUGGAGGGUCUCUUACAGAAGAAACAGACAGCCCACCAGUUUCUCCUUCGGAUGAGUUCGACGACGUCGUUAAGUUCUUCAGUGCAAACAACACCCUCCAAACCCAGUUCUUUGGGGGCCGGAGUGGUCCCGGCAGCGGCGGAAACACCCCUGGGGGUGGAGCUAGGACAGUUGGGAGGUGGUUGAAGGACAGGAGGGAGAAGAAGAAAGAGGAGAGCAGAGCUCAAAAUGCCCAGCUCCAUGCGGCUGUUUCGGUUGCUGGUGUGGCUGCUGCUAUAGCAGCCAUGGCUGCAGCCACAGCGGCUUCAUCUGGGUCAAGGAAAGAUGAGCAUAUGACAAAAACAGACAUGGCUGUUGCCUCAGCUGCAACGUUGGUGGCAGCACAGUGUGUGGAGGCUGCAGAAGCAAUGGGAGCUGAGCGCCACCACCUUGCUUCCGUUGUUAGCUCUGCAGUUAAUGUCCAUUCUCAUGAUGAUAUCCUCACUCUCACUGCUGCAGCUGCCACAGCUCUGCGUGGGGCGGCGACCCUGAAAGCGAGAGCAUUGAAAGAGGUGUGGAAUGUGGCAGCAGUUAUACCAGUGGAGAGAGGGAUCGGAAAUGGUGUAAGUGGUAAUGCUAAUAACACUCAGCCUAAUGGUAAGAACAGCAGUGAGACCUUUCCCAGAGAGAAUUUCAUUGGUGUCUGUAGUCAAGAGCUGCUUGCCAGGGGCUCUGAGCUUCUCAAGAGAACUCGCAACGGUGAUCUUCACUGGAAAAUGGUCUUUGUUUACAUUCACAGAACAGGCCAGGUGAUGCUGAAGAUGAAAAGCAGACACGUAGCUGGGACCAUCACCAAGAAGAAAAAGAUUGUAGUGUUGGAGGUGGUGAAGGAUAUGCCGGCAUGGCCAGGGAGGCAUUUGCUGGAAGGUGGAGAGCAGCGCCACUACUUUGGGUUGAAAACAACACCGCGUGGAGUUGUGGAGUUCGAGUGCAGGAACCAGAGGGAAUACGAUAUCUGGACUCAGGGCGUUGAGAGGCUCCUCACCAUUGUAGCUGAGAGAAGGAAUAGAUACCGAGAACAAAAAUGAGCUACUACUCUGCAACAAGCGUUGGUUGCAGGCAGUGGCAAUAGAUGAUGAUAGUUAAGAAUUAAGCUUAAGAGGAACUCAACAUGGCAGUAGCUUUCCUUGUUCUCUGUGUAAAAAAGGACUAGAAACUUAGAAGUAGUUCAGUAGUAGAGGUUAAUUUUAGGCUUGAAUGUGAAAGAGAAAUGAUUUUGAAUGAUUCUAAACCACCAUGUGGCUUGGCUUC